AUGGCCAAGCUGAAGCUGCCGCGGUGCUUCCGGCGCAGGCCCGUGCGCUUCCUCACGCUGCUGGGGCUGUACCUGGCGGCCGGCAGCCUGCUGCUCCUGCGCUCGGGCCUCGCCGGCGAGCCCGCGGCCGUGCCCGGCGGCCGCCGCGGCCCCGGAGCCGCCGAGGGGCCGGGGCUGCCCUACCUGGGGGUGAUGAGGCUGAGCCGAGGCUUUGGGGCGCCGGCCCAGGGGAGACGGAGACAAGGCCCCUGGUUGAAGAGCGGCCCCAAGGAGGCAGAGGACAGGGGCAGAGCUGGGGAGUACGGCGGCAGCCGGAGCCGGGCGCCCAGGGCCAGGAGCGGCCGCGACAAGGAGGACGACAGAGCGAGAUACAUCGGCUGCUACGUGGACAACACCCGGCACCGAACGCUGCGCGGUGUGUCCUUCUUUGACUACAAGAAGAUGACGGUGUUCCGUUGCCAGGACAACUGCGCCGAGCGGGGUUACCUCUAUGCAGGGCUGGAGUUUGGUGCUGAGUGCUACUGUGGGCACAAGAUCCAGGCAGCCAAUGCCAGCGAGUCCGAGUGCAACAUGGAGUGCAAAGGGGAGAGGAGCAACACGUGUGGGGGCAUCAACCGCCUCUCCAUCUACCGCCUGGAGCUGGCCCAGGAGUCUGCCAGGAGAUAUGGCAGUGCCAUAUUCCGAGGCUGCUUCCACCGGCCGGACAACGUGUCCCUGGCACUGCCCGUCAGCCAGCCCAUGCCCAACAUGUCUGUGGACAAGUGUGUGGACUUCUGCACUGAGAAGGAGUACCCACUGUCAGCCCUGGCUGGCACCCGCUGCCACUGUGGUUUCCCCACCACCCUCUUCACCCUCCACGAGCGUGAGGACGAGCAGCUCUGCGCCCACAAAUGUGCUGGGGAGGAGUUUGAGAGCUGUGGCACUGCUGAAUACCUCCUGGUGUACCAGACCCAAGUGCAAGACAACCGCUGCAUGGACAGGAGGUUCCUGCCCAGCCGUGCCAAGCAGCUGGUCGCCCUGGCCAGCUUCCCUGGCGCUGGCAACACCUGGGCACGGCACCUGAUCGAGCUGGCCACCGGCUUCUACACCGGCAGCUACUACUUCGAUGGCUCUCUCUACAACAAAGAGUGGCCGGAGUUCGUGGCCAACUACGCGCCGUGGUGGGCGACGCACGCGCUGGACUGGCUGCGCUACGGCAGGAACGUGCUCGUGGUGCAUUUCGAGGACCUCAAGAGGGACCUUUACGUGCAGCUGCAGAGGAUGGUGGGGCUGCUGGGCAUCAGGGCCUGCCAGGACAGGCUGCUCUGUGUGGAGAGCCAGAAGGAUGGCAACUUCAAACGCUCAGGCCUGAGGAAGCUGGAGUACGACCCCUACACCCCCGAGAUGAGGCGGCUCAUCAGCGGCUACAUCCGGAGCGUGGACGCGGCUCUGAAGCUCCGCAACCUCUCGGGGGUCCCAGAUGACUAUUACCCCAGAUGAUGAUGAUGAGGGUAGAGGGGAAGCCAUCCCAGCUUGGUGAGGAAGGGCUGGGGCUUCCCAUCCUCUUCUUACUUCCACCCAGUGGGUGGUUUUUGGUUUAGCUGCCCCCUGUCUGCUGCUCGUAGCCGCCCCUCACCCCCUGCAUGAGCUCCCCAGCCCUGGCCCCGGGGCUGUGUGCUGAGUGCUGCCCUCACUGCAGGCUUCUUGCUGCAGCUCCCCUGUCCCAGCUGCCACAGCCCUCCUGGGCAAUGCCAGGGCUGCUCUGUGCCCGCCCCUGGGGGCUGGCUGCUGCCUCACACGCUCCCUGUGCUGCUGGAGCUGAGCUCCCCUGGGCUGGGGACCCUCAGACUCCCUGGGCAGCCCUGGGAGGCUGUUGCCCAGCCCUAGAUGAAGCCCCUUGGUCUUGCCAAGGGUGGUUGGCACAAUGGGGGUGAUGCUCCCAGGGAUCCCAGUGGGAGGGUGUGGAGAUGGAGAGGGUGGUGCCAGGGAGGGCAAUGUGUGGUGGCUGUGUGUGCCCCAGCCCCUGCCCCUGUGGGGAUCCCCCCCCAGCCUGGGGACAUGGGGGGUCUCUGGGAGAAGGCUGCCAGCCCCUGCCACAGCACUGGGCAAUGUUGCUGCUCCAUCCAUGUGGUCCCAGCCCUGGGGAGCCCAUGACUCCUACCUGGGGACUCUCAAGGGGGGUUCAUCCCCCCUCAGGAGGGUGAUGCUCGAAAGGCCCCAGGCACAGGAGCUUACUGGCCCCACAACCAUGUCCAUACCUCACUUUGAAAAGCUCACAAGCCAGAAGAGCCCCUGCCAGGAGCAGCUUUAAAGCCAGGAGCAGGGGCUGUGCUGCAGCCCACCUGCAUCAAUGUCCCCCCCAUAGCAGCAAGGAGCAAACCCCAGGGCUGAGCUUUCUGCCAUCCCUCCUGCUGAAUCCUGCCCACAUCCCCAUGGGACCCCCACCCCUUGUGAAACCAAAGGAUCUGUGUGCAUGGGGAAGAUGCUGUUUGCCAGGAUGGCUUUGUGCAGAGCUGCAUGCAGUCCCCAGCCAUUCCCUCCCUGCCACACCACCCUCCCAGCCUGAUCCUCUGCUGGCUUUGCCCCAGAUAAGCUCCCUCCCUCCCUUUUCCUCCCCUUCCCUCCUCUCCUCUCCCCUCCUUCCCACCUUUGGAUGUAGGUGCAAAAGCCAUACACUGUACUCAGCCUUUUCUAGAGUUUAGGUAUUUAACAACUGGCUUUUAACUCUUGAUCUUGAUAGAAAUAGAGGCACAGGUGGAAACCUAGAGACAGCUUCCAACCUGUGCUCAAAGAGAGAGAGAAGAAAACUCCAAGGAGACAGAAAAAGAAGAGAGAGAAUUUCAGAUGCAGUCUAUUUUUGUAAGGUGCAUGUGGAGGGGCCAUGGGCUGGGGGCUCCUGGCCCCUUGCUUUGGAGGGAGGUGGGUAAAUGUGUUUCUAAGGGAGCUGCUGCCCUGUUUUUAACUCUUCCCUUGACAAAUGGCUGGAGGUUUUGCAGGAGAGGGGGGAGUGAGCCCCAUCCUGGCAGAGGGAAUGGAGCUGAGCCCACUGCCUGGGCUGACUCUGCCUUGGUCAGAACAAAUCCUCAGGUCAAUCCAGCUAUUAAAGGAGAGGUUUU